AUGUACUCAUACAACACCUGGAAUGAUUCAAAGGAGCUUGGAGAGACCAUCUUGGGACUGCAUCUGAGCAACUUGACAUGCCUCAAGACUGCUCCCAACCUUACACUCACCCGAAAGCACACAGAGAAGUUCAUCACCCCAGCUCCCCAGGUCAAGUGUCAGUUCUCAUUCCUCAGAUACUGCCUGUGGUUCCAUGCUGCCGAAAUUCAGAUCUGUGAAGCUGGCCCACAGUCCCUGGACUCUGCCUGGGCCGAAAUUGUGCAUUUUGGAGGAGCGUCGGGCUCUGAGACGGGCUCCUGGGUUGAACGAAGACGACAGGCUGCAUUCGACAAGUUUGGGCCUAUGCGAGGACACCAAGUGGCCCUCGAGACUCUCAUUAUGCUUGCCCCCCAGUCGUGCUUCGAGCCCCUUGAGUUCUUACGGGUCUAUUGCAUGCUCUGUGAGAUGACCGAUAGCCAUUACAACAUUCUAGAUGCCCUUGAUAAGAUGUGCGUUUUCACUAACAGUAGGGAGCCUCGAAGUGCAUUUGAUCGAGAGAUUGAGAGAGUCGACCUGGAUCUCAGAGAGUGGAACGAUAAGGUCGUGCAUAUGUGGAUUGAGGCCAAGAUCGAACUCAAGAUGAGAGCACUGGAACAAAGACGUAUCAUGAAGAAGAAGAAAAAGAGCACUUGA